AUGGAGAACCGAAGGUUUGACUGUUUCUUUGAGCUGCCGGGUGAGCUGAGAGAACAGAUCCUCGCCCACCUGGUGGUCAGGCCCGACGGUAUUCACCUAGGCGAACGCCACUGUUUCCCCGACAGAGAUACGGAGCCGAGUGAGGGUGACGACAGUUCUGAUAAUGGUGACGACGACGAGUAUGAAGGCGACGACAGCGACAACGAGCGUCGGGUCGGCUGGCCAGUCAACUACUUCCUUGUCAGCCAGACGUUCUACAGGGAGGCGUCGAGCUUGUUCUUUGGGGGGAACACGUUCUAUCUGUACGCUGGCGUACGCAGGUCCACGCUGUUUGACGCGCUGAGCACGCAGGGCGUCUUGGUACCACAGCAACAGUCGUUGCGCCGGAAGGACUCAGCCGGCCGUGCGAGCACGGCGCACUACCUCCACUCCCGCAGGCGCGUGAGGAACCUGGUCCUCUACCUACAACGCCUCGGUGGCCCGCUGGGUGAUUUUGUCGCGCCCUGCCUGCAGGACAUGAUCCUGAGCGGCGACCUCAGGCACCUGGAUAUCAGGGUGUUCCACUUGGAGCAGCAGGGCGCAGUCAAGCGAGGGGCACUAUGGACGUCGGCGCCAGCGACCAUACUCCUCAGACUGCUCCGCGACCCUGAUCUAGAGGUGGCACGGCUGAGGGUGUAUUUGCCAGUGAAACCCCCGGGUCGCUUGAAGGCUAUGGGUGACUGGUGUCCGCUUCGCAGCGAGCAAGAAGCCGGUGGCCAUGGUCGGGGCACAAGACAGUGGGCGAGUCUUGAUGUCGAGGAGCUCACCAGGAGGUAUGGAGGAGGCGAGACCAGCAUUCGUCGGGCCGUCGAAGAGAGGUCAUUGUUGAGAUGGGCGGGGGCGUGA